UCUCUCAGAGCUUUCUCUCUCCUCUGUAUCUCUCUCUCUCUCCUCUUGCAAUCAUUGUUGUUCAUUUCAGUUCCAAUGAUACUCUCUGAGGCCCCAAAGAGUAAUAACAAUACCAAAUUAAUGCACAUCAAAGAAUUCUUUGGCUUCUCCCAUUCCUCUUCCUCAAAAUCCCUCCAUUCAUUUCAGAGCACCGACCGCCGGAAGCCACCGCCGUCGAGCUAUGACUCUUCCAAAUCAGCGGCCAUGGAAGAAGCCAUCGUAAACUCCGAACCCAUCAUCACGAAAUGGGACCCGGAUUCCUCUGAGUUCAAUAGAAUCACCUUCCUCUUCCGCCAUGGUCGAGCGGAAUCUGACGAGUUUGUCAACUCCGUCAACAGCCUCCGGCGAGCGAUGGACUUUUUCAUUUCGGAAAAUUCCACCUCCCCUGUUCUUGUUCUAGCUCAACAAUUGAUGCAGGCCGCCAUGAGACGACUCGAGAAGGAAUUUUACCAGAUUUUGAGUGAGAAUCGCCAGAAUUUGGACCCUGAAUCUAUCUCCAGUAGGUCCUCCGACCGGUCGACGGUUGACGGGGAAACCAGUGAUUUGAUUACAGAGUUCGAUAGAGUGUCGGCGGAUUUGAAAUCGAUUGCUGAUUGUAUGAUCGAUUCUGGGUAUGGGAAAGAAUGCGUUAAAAUCUAUAAAGUGAUACGAAAAUCGAUCGUUGAUGAAACUCUGUACCGCCUUGGAACAGAGAAAUUCAAAAUUUCGAGAAUUAUGAGAUGGAAUUGGGAUUCACUCGAGCACGUGAUCAAGAAUUGGAUGAACUCAAUUAAGAUCGCUGUGAAUACUCUGUUUCGUGGCGAGAAAAUUCUCUGUGAUCAUGUUUUUUCGCGAUCGGAAAUUAUCAGAGAGUCCUGUUUUUCCGAGAUCACAAAAGAUGGUGCAAUCGCUUUAUUCAGAUUCCCGGAAUUGAUCACAAAAGGGAAGAAAGAUUCCGACAAAAUCUUUUUGUUAAUGGAGCUUUACGAGGCGAAUUCCGACGUAUUGCCGGAAAUUGAAGUGAUAUUCGACUCUGUUUCUACAUCCGCCAUUAAAACGCAAGCUCAAACGUCAAUGGAGAAACUUGCAGAUUCAAUCCGCGAUAUUCUCUCUGAAUUUGGGUCGACAAUUCAAAAAGAUUCGUCGAAAAAUCCAGCCCCCGGCGGCGGAAUCCACCCACUGACCCGAUCGGCAAUGAACUACAUUUCGUCUCUCGGCGACUACGCCGGAACCCUCUCCGACAUACUCACCGCCGAGAACUCUCCAAUUCCAUCGUCGUACAUGGAAACCAUCGGUGCAGAUGACGCGCUAUCAUCGCCGGUGGCAGCUCAAUUGGGGUGGCUGAUUUUAGUCCUCCUCUGCAAACUUGACACAAAAGCAGAGCUGUACAAAGACGUAUCGUUGUCGUACCUAUUUCUGGCGAACAACCUGAAUUUCAUCGUGAAGACGGCGGCGACGACGAAUUUGAAUACGUUGGUAGGCACCGAGUGGGUGACGAACCACAGGAGCAAGGUGAAGGUGUACGCAGCGAAGUACGAAGCGACGGCUUGGAACAGAGUGGUGAAUUCGCUGCCGGAAAGUUGGACGGAAGAGACGGCGGCGGAGGGGUUGAAGAGGUUCAAUGCGGCGUUUGAAGAGGCGUAUCGGAAGCAGAUAUCGUGGAGAGUGGAGGAUGGAAAUUUGAGAGAUGAAUUGAAGACGGCGAUAGCGAAGAAGGUGGUGCCGAUUUACAGAGAGUUCUACGAGGGGUGUGUUGAGAAGGUGAAUGUGGGUGUGGAAAGGAAUGAUCUUGUGAAAGCUUUUGGUGUGAGAUUUUCUCCCGAUGAUUUGGGGAAUUAUUUGUCGGAUUUGUUCCAUGGGGUUUCUCUUUCUUCUUCGCAAAAGGGCUAAAAACCAAGGAUGAGGUGGCUUCAAAUGAUAGGUCCACGUUUGAAAAUGUAUAAAAUUCAGAUUUUCUGAGUUGGAUAUGAUAUAUUUUUUUUUUA